GUUAGAUAUGCGAAUGGUACAAUCUGGAAUCGGACUGAGAACGGAUGUAUUUCCACAGGAAAAUCUGAGUUAUAUUUUCAUACUAGAUUUCGCCUUCGAUUAUGUUUAUAUUUCCGCUUUAACGGCUAUUAAACUUUCUCUUCUCAUUUUAUACCAUCGGAUAUUUGUUGAUAAACCAACUCGCAUCGGAGCUCGUAUUUUAGGGGGAAUUAUAUUAGCCUGGCUGAUCUCCAAUAUUUUUCUCACCACUUUUCAAUGCAUCCCAAUCGCAAGGAUUUGGAGUAAUGGUCCAGGUGGAUGUAUUGAUACGACAAGUUUCAUAUUGGCUGCUGCGAUACCAAACAUAAUAACCGAUGCGGCAAUUUUGUGCUUGCCUAUGACCAGCGUAUGGAAGCUUCACGCGGCUGUGGCUUAUCGAGCUUCCAUCACCUUCAUGUUCUUAUUGGGAGGAUUUGUCACUUGUACCAGCAUCUACCGCGCUGUAUUACUUUCCACCAAUAGCACAGAUGAUGUCGAUACUUAUGCGGCAUCUAAGGCUUACACGUGGAGUAUAGUAGAAGUCUCUGCUGGAAUCAUCUCAGCGUGUCUUCCAACGUUAAGGCCAAUAGUAAGAAAAUUAACGCAUCGUUUUGACUCUACCAUUACGCCUAGUUCAAGGACUGGUUAUCAAAACUCGGCUUGGGGACCGACGACAAACAUUUCAACCCCCAAACCGCGUCGAGAAGUCGGUGAUUCAAGUACCGAACCUGAGUUUAACUUCAGUGAUCAAUACCCUCUCAAUAGUAUCCGCGCAGAAACUACAUGGGAAUUAUCGGUGCAGCCUGCGCCCGGGAACCACUCUUCACGUGAGAGUUUUGCAUAG